UGUGGGACCAGGUGUCGGAGCGGGAGCGGGACCCGAAGCCGAAGCCGGAGCGGGAACGGGAGUGGGAGUGGGAGUGGCAGCGAGAGCUGGAGCUGGCGCAGGCGCAGGAGUGGGAGUGGGAGUGGGAGUGGGAGUACAUGGUGACAAAUGCAUGGUAUUCCGCUUCUCUCACAAUCGGCAACCCACACUGUGUUGAACUCCUUUCCGAUCUCGUGGAAAAAACAAAGACGAUCAUGGCCCGGGGGCGCAUGGAAGUGUCUAGACUCGAGCGGCACAUCAGAGCUGUGGAUUAUCUCAUUCCGAACCUGGAAAGGCAGGGUUUACUAGAGCAGAGGAAGUGGGUCACCAUUGCUGUGAAGGAGUUGAGAGAUGUAGCCAAGAAUGACCUUGAGAAGCUCAGGAAGGUAGUCGCUGGGCAGGCCGGGAGACACGUUAUUAAUCCCCUUAUUCUAGCUAUGAUUUUGCAAGUCCCUUACAAAAGAUCUACUCGGUUGAUUUUCCCCCAGACAGCACAUCGCUGGCGAGCGGCUCAUCGGACACCACAACGGAGCUCUGGAACAUACAAACAUGGCAGGCGCAAGGAAAUCCAAUCCAUUGUGGGCCUGGCGCUGAAAUCAUCUGUGUUCGGUAGUAUUCCUCUGGUGAAUAUCAUAGGCUUGCUAUCGCAACAAAGAUAAAUAUCCACACGCGUAAAUCCGAUGGCAACUUAAAACAGCUUGUCUCGGCUGGUUCGGUGAACCAUGGAAGGGUCAUAGGUUCGCACUUGGCGGCUUUUGGAUCGACGAACCAUCGCCAUAUUCAAGUACCCCAGUGCGGUGGAGUGUCUCCUUCUCCACGGAUGGCAAGCACAUUCUCAGCCGA